CUCUGACUGUACGAAAAAACUCUGCGCUGUCAAAAGAUCACAGCUGCCCGAGAGAGAGGGAGAGAGAGAGAGAGAGAGAGAGAGAGAGAGAGAGAGAGAGCCUGUCACUUCACUAAUGAGCCCCAUUUACACCAGACAAAGUACUGUGUAGGACGUGCUGUCAGAUUAAGUUUGUCUGCAGACCCAGUUUAAAAACAACCAAAAUGUCAGUGAACCCGAAAUUUGUGAGUCCUUUCCACAGACCGCACUGUUUAUCAGCCGCUGCACCCGCGGGACAAGCAAAACUCACGCACCCGGGAAAGGCCAUUUUAGCGGGUGGGAUCGCUGGAGGUAUUGAAAUCUGCAUCACGUUUCCUACAGAGUAUGUGAAAACACAGCUACAGCUAGAUGAAAAGGCAAACCCCCCUCGAUAUAAAGGCAUUGCUGACUGUGUGAAACAGACAGUGCGUGGUCAUGGUGUGAAGGGACUGUACAGGGGUCUGAGCUCUCUGCUCUAUGGAUCUAUUCCCAAAGCUGCGGUGAGGUUUGGCGUGUUUGAGUUCCUUAGUAAUAAGAUGAGGGAUGAGUCUGGUAAAUUGGACAGCACACAAGGGUUAAUCUGCGGUCUGGGUGCAGGAGUGGCGGAGGCUGUUGUUGUGGUGUGUCCUAUGGAGACUGUUAAGGUGAAAUUUAUCCACGAUCAGUCCUCAGCAAAUCCAAAGUACAGAGGCUUUUUCCAUGGCGUCAGAGAAAUAGUGAGAACACAAGGACUCAAAGGAACUUAUCAGGGCUUGACAGCGACUGUACUGAAGCAGGGAUCAAACCAGGCCAUACGAUUCUAUGUAAUGACCUCAUUGAGAAACUGGUACAAAGGUGAUAACCCCAAUAAGACUAUUAACCCCUUCAUAACUGGAAUGUUCGGAGCGAUUGCUGGAGCUGCAAGUGUGUUUGGUAAUACACCAAUGGAUGUGAUCAAAACUAGAUUACAGGGGUUGGAGGCUCACAAAUAUAAGAGCACCCUUGACUGUGCCAUCAAGAUCAUGAAACACGAAGGACCGGCAGCAUUCUACAAAGGCACCGUUCCCAGGUUAGGUCGCGUGUGUCUGGAUGUGGCUAUUGUGUUCAUCAUCUAUGAGGAAGUUGUGAAAGUUCUCAACAAAGUGUGGAAGACGGAUUAAUGGAUCUGUGAGGUGGACCAAAUAUGGUGAUG